GUGGGGGGGAUAAACAGGAAUGGCGGAGGCAGCGGUGGCGCCUGCAUCUCUCACACCAGCAGCCGCGGCAGUAAAGGCCCCGCUCCCCGCACUCCCGGACAAUCCCCCCGCGGGAGGCUGGACUCGGCAGGUCACCUGCAGAUAUUUUAUUCACGGCGUCUGCAAAGAAGGAAACCACUGUCGCUACUCCCACGAUCUGUCCAUCAGCCAGCCGAACAUGAUUUGCAGAUAUUAUCAGCGAGGCUGCUGUGCUUAUGGAGACUACUGCAGGUAUGAACACUCAAAGCCACUAAAGCAAGAAGUGAUGGGAGAUGCGUCUAGUGCCAGAAUCUAUCCCCCUGAGUCCAACAUGGAACCAAGCUGCACUAACAGCAGUAAGGCAGCUGAACUGGCAGUUUGUGACCUGGCUGCUGGUUGCUCACAGGCAGAAGACUGGGUGAAUGCUGUGGAGUUUGUGCCGGGGCAGCUCUACUGUGGACGUGCUCCAUCUUGUCUUGAAGAUGAAUCUCGGGUAACAGAAAAUGAAGAAUGCAAAGAGCAACCUGCCGACCCAGAGUUAAAGAAACAACUAUGUCCAUAUGCUGCAGUAGGGGAGUGCCGCUAUGGGGAAAACUGUGUCUACUUGCAUGGCGACCCAUGCGAUCUUUGUGGGUUGCAGGUGCUUCAUCCAACAGACACAUCUCAGAGGUCCCAGCACAUAAAGUCUUGCAUUGAAGCUCAUGAGAAGGACAUGGAGCUAUCGUUUGCCAUCCAACGUAGCAAGGAUAUAGUGUGCGGGAUCUGCAUGGAGGUAGUUUACGAGAAGGCAAACCCCAGUGAGCGGCGUUUUGGCAUGCUCUCAAAUUGUAAUCACUCCUAUUGUCUGAAAUGUAUCCGCAAGUGGAGGAGCGCUAAGCAGUUUGAAAGCAAAAUCAUAAAAUCUUGUCCUGAGUGCCGCAUCACUUCAAACUUUAUUGUUCCGAGUGAGUAUUGGGUUGAGGAAAAGGAGGAGAAACAGAAGCUAAUCCAGAAGUACAAGGAGGCCAUGAGCAACAAGUCUUGUCGAUAUUUUGACGAAGGACGUGGGACCUGCCCAUUCAGUGGAAAUUGUUUUUACAAGCAUGCAUACCCUGAUGGCCGUAUUGAAGAACCACAACCACGGCAAAAGGGAGGGAUGUCAGGCAGGUACCGGGCCCAGCGCAGGAACCGCUUCUGGGAUUUUGAAGAUCGAGAAAAUGGCAGCCUAUUUGAUAAUGAUGAAGAUGAAGUGGUGACGUUUGAACUUGGUGAAAUGCUGCUCAUGCUGCUAGCGGCUGGCACGGAUGAAGACUUGACAGACUCAGAGGAUGAGUGGGACUUAUUCCACGAGGAUCUGGAUGAUUUUUAUGACUUGGACCUAUAGCGCCAGUCAAUGGAGUUUGGACUGUCUGCACAAUUUUCAGACAGUAGCUAUUUCCUGUGGUGUUGUGGCAGUGCCUGUAUUUCUCCUAGGCAGGCCUAUCAAUUCCAGGUGCUGUUGUAAUCAUUUUUAUUAUGACAUCUGUCUUUCCCCACCCACUUUGUCCCCGGAGUGUUUGUUUUCUCUGUCUCAACAUAAAAAAAAAAAAAAUGUAAAAAAAAACCUAAUAAAA